AUGACACAUUCCACCAUCUCAAUGCUGGUACACAGAAAGGCCGAAACAGACAGAGUGUGGACCGAGAAAGAGCCAGCAGGAAGACAACGUGUCAAUUUCUCCAAAAAUAGCGCCUUCACUCUUUCCUCCAGUCCUCCGAUGAGUUCACACUGCUGUUUACCCCUCUUCUUCUUCAACUUCUGUGCAACAGCAGGACAGCAGCUUCAGGCCUGCAGAUACAGCAUGUUGUUCCUGACCACAAUGGUGAAAGUCACUUACUGCGAGACGGGUAAAGCUGCAGCACAUCCUGGAGGAGUGUCUCUGACUGAACUAGUUGCAGCUACGAGACUGAGAAUAAUCAUGCGUUUCUCUAACUUGCUCUUUAUUGGUAUUGUAACAUUAGGAACAUCUGAAUUCUGCUCUGCUGGACCUCUUCAUGCACAGUGCAAAGUCGAGUGGUAUUUCAGUCUCCCUUGCAGGAGUGUGUAUGAAGCUCUGGUUGCACAAAUUCAAAAGCGGAGGACAGUCUCAACCUGUGCCACGGGAGGAGAGAAAUGUCUCUACAAGGUCAUCUCUUCGUCAUUCUCUCAUGUCUUUGUCCAUCACAGUGGAUCGUGGAGCUGA